AUGAACGACCUCGACCGCGAGCUUGCGGGCGCCUGGGGUGCCCCGCCUUCAUCCGUUCCCACAUCUGAACCCACGGUCCAGUCCGCACUCGCAAAGGAGAAGGCACUCAAGGAGAUCGUGUCGCUCCGCGACGGCCUGCGUGGCCUCCUGGUCCGCAUCACCGAGGUCGAGGGCGAGACAGACAAGCUCAAAAAGGACAACGAGUUUCUGGGAACAUACAUUGACAACCUUACCAGGAACACCGUCGUCGCGGCUGGGCAGAAGCGAUGA